AUGAGCUCCUCUAUACUAAUUCAAUGUGCCCAAGACCUCGUUGCCAAGGUCGCCUCUGAUUCAAAGUCACAAUAUGGAUUGUCCUCUAUGGCUCCAUCUAUCUAUGACACUGCAUGGCUCGCUAUGGUCGAGAAGAAGAAGGACGAGGGGUACGAAUGGGUCUUCCCAACCAGCUUCGAGUACCUCCUCCGCGAACAAAUAGAUGGUGGUGGCUGGGAUCCCCUCGAAGGUGUUACCAAAAGACACACGAUUCAUUUCACGGUGGAACUGAUUGUUCCGGUUCUACUCCGCCUUCUGAGUGAAGAGGGUGUGGAUUUUGACUUUCCUGCAAAAGUGGACUUGCUGAGCAAGUAUGCCGCAGCAACUAGCAUUGACAUUAGUUGGCUAUACCAGGGCCCUUGCAGUAUUCCAUUGUUUUCGCUGGAAGGGUUCGUGAGGCAGCUCGAAUGGAAUAAAUUGGGAAGUCUCGUUACUUCUGCAGGUAUCACAGCCUCUCCUGCCUCUGCGGCCGCGUAUUUGAUAUACUCUCCUACGUGGAUUGAUGAGUGUGAGGCGUAUCUUCGUCACAUUGUGUCACAAGGCCAAGGGAAGGGAAAUGGUGGUGUCGGGGGAGUAUAUCCUUUAGAGGUGUUCGAGCCCUGCUGGGUUCUGUCAACGUUGCUAGAAAGCGGCUUCACAGUCGACAAUUUGGGUACGGAAAACGUGGGCGAUCUGAUAGAGUUGAUUCAUAGAUCUAUGCCGCAUGGCGUGGCCGGUGCUACGAAUACCUUCCUCCCCGACGCGGACGAUACAGCACGUGCUUUGAUGGCACUCAAUAACAACGGCUAUGAAGUUAGCCACGCAAACCUAAUCAAGAACUUCGAGGGGGAGGACUGCUUCGAGACUUUUGAUGACCGAAUGCCCCAACGUGUGACGAGCGUGAGCGUCAACGGAAACGUUCUAAACUGUCUGCUAUCGUCACCCGAUCCCAGUGCAUACACCCCACAGAUAGAGAAGAUUGCCAAGUUCAUGUGCACGAAAUGGAGCAAGGAGAAGAUGCUUAAUGAUCAUUGGAACUUCUCCGAGUACUAUGGAAUCAUGCAUAUGGCCCAAUCAUUGGUCCCGGCCAGGGUCCUUUGGGAUCAGGGAUGUCUACCGGGUCUCACAGAAAAUAUCAUUCAAGACCGUAUUCCUCAAUGUCUGCAAGAGGUAUUGAACCGUGUGAUAUGCGGACAGAAUAACAAUGGCUCCUGGGGUAACAUACACGGGGCCGAGGAGACAGCAUACACAAUCAUUACUCUUGCCCAACUAGCGUCGCAUGCUGCAAUUGCCAGUGACUACAGUAAAGCCGACCUGGCUAUUGCUAGGGGAAAGCAAUUUCUGUUAGAGACCUGGACCAUGGGACAGAAGCCGGACAGGAUCUGGACGGGGAAGGUCAUGCAUGGCAUAUCGUAUGUGCAUGAUGCGCAUGUGCUUGCUGCUUUGAAAAUUAAUCGGGUAAAUUUGGCUGGAAAGCGAGGGUUCUUCUGA